AUGAAAUUAAGUAAGAUUACACCGUUGUUCAAGACAGGUAGUGAGUCUGAUUCGUCAAACUUCAGACCUGUUUCCGUGCUCCCCGCGUUGAGCAAAGUUUUUGAAAAGAUAAUGCUAGACCAGCUUACUUUACAUUUUAAUAAAAAUAAACUCUUACAUAAUAAACAGUAUGGAUUCACUAAGGGUCACUCCACAAUCGAUGCCGGUGUGAAGUUGAUUUCGGACAUAUUUAACGCCUGGGAAGAAUCAUAUGAUGGAGUCGGCGUCUUUUGUGACCUGUCAAAGGCCUUUGACUGUGUUCAUCCUGAUAUACUCGUUGGAAAGCUUCAACACUAUGGCAUUGAUGGCAAACCUUCCAGCCUGAUGAAUUCAUAUUUAAAGGGAAGGAUCCAAAGAGUUCAUGUCAAUGGAGUCACCUCUCCGGGUUCGCAGGUUUCAAUGGGCGUCCCCCAAGGAUCGAUUCUCGGGUCUUUCUUAUUUCUGAUUUACGUAAAUGACCUCCCAUUUUUUGUUAACGAAGUUCAUGAGAUGGUGUUGUUUGCUGAUGACACUUCACUUCUAUUUAAAGUUAAUAGGAAUAACGUAUUAUUGGACGAUCUAAACAAUUAUAUCUCUCGUAUAGUUAACUGGUUUAAUGUAAACAACUUACUGCUUAAUGAGAAUAAAACAAAAUGUAUUAGAUUUACAACUACUAGCGUAAAGCGAGAUAUUGGUAACCUGAAAAUUAAGGACAGUGAACUAAACUUUGUUGACAAAACUGUUUUUCUAGGCAUAACAAUAGAUAGUAAACUCCAGUGGGGUGCACACAUAUGGUGCGUUCCACUAAGCGCUCACGACGAUCAAAAUGCUCCUUUAGCCAUUCCACAUACCGACCGCGGUCGUUGUGGUCACGGCGAAAACGUCACUCAUGACGUCAUGACUAAUGCUCACGCAACGCUCUUAGAUGGGUCGUUGUGA